AGAAACGAAGAAAACUCAAAUUUGCUUAUGUUUGAGUGCCAUGUGCUAUACAAAUCUUGAUGAAAUUUGGCACUAAUAUUAUUGGUAAGUAAAGUCUGUCUAAUCUCGCCAUCGUCGUCAUCAUCAGCUAGAGAAGAGAAGAAUGAGUUGUUCAACAGAACACAUAAUCACAAAUAUCCUAAGAAACCCAAAAAGAACAGUUUCAGUUUCAACACGACAAGCGAAACAACUCCACGCACACAUCGUAAAAACCAAAGGAACAUUCCACGACGACAACAUCCUCGUACUCUCACUCUACUCCAACCUUAACCUCUUACACCAUUCCCUCCACCUCUUCAAUUCCCUUCCUUCUCCUCCACCACCUCUUGCAUGGUCUUCUCUUAUCAAAUGCUACACUUCUCACUCCCUUCUUCACCUUUCCUUCUCUUCCUUUAAAUCUAUGCGAUCUCUCUCUGUUCCUGCCAAUCAACACGUUUUCCCUUCACUCCUCAAAGCUUCCACUCUUUUGAAACACCACAAACUCGCUCAUUCUCUUCAUGCAUCCGUUGUUCGUCUUGGUCUCGACUCUGACCUCUAUAUAUCCAAUGCACUCAUCAACAUGUAUGCUAAAUUUUGUAACUUUUCCGUUGCUGCAAAUGCAGGCAACGUGUUUGAUGUAAUUCCUCAUAGAGAGAAAUUUGAGAUUGACAGUGUUGGGAAGAUUUUUGAUAUGAUGCCUGUUAGGGAUGUUGUUUCUUGGAACACUGUUAUUGCUGGAUAUGCUCAAAAUGGGAUGUAUGUAGAAGCAUUGAACAUGGUUAGAAAGAUGGGGAAUAAUGGUAACUUGAAGCCUGACUCGUUUACUCUUUCGAGUAUUCUUCCGGUUUUCGCGGAGUAUGUUGAUGUUUAUAGAGGGAAAGAGAUUCAUGGUUAUGCUUUAAGACAUGGGUUUGAUGGGGAUGUUUUCAUUGGAAGUAGUUUGGUUGAUAUGUAUGCAAAGUGUAAUAGACUGGAACAUUCGAUCGAAGUUUUUCGCCUCUUGCCGCGAAAAGAUGCGAUUUCUUGGAACUCUAUCAUUGCUGGUUGUGUGCAGAAUGGUGAAUUUGAUCGAGGGCUUGGAUUCUUCCGUCGCAUGUUGAAGGAAAAUGUGAGACCUAUGCAUGUUUCUUUUUCGAGUGUUAUACCUGCUUGUGCUCAUUUGACUGCUAUGAGUUUGGGGAAGCAGCUUCAUGGAUGUAUAACUAGACUUGGUUUUGAUGAUAAUGAGUUUAUAGCUAGCUCCCUUGUGGACAUGUAUGCAAAAUGCGGCAACAUUAAGAUGGCUAGAUAUGUUUUUGAUAGAAUAGGGAAGCGUGAUACUGUGUCGUGGACUGCCAUCAUUAUGGGAUGUGCCAUGCAUGGGCAUGCCCUCGAUGCAGUUUCCUUGUUUGAGAACAUGUUGGAGGAUGGAAUAAGGCCCUGCUAUGUGGCAUUCAUGGCUGUUUUAACUGCGUGUAGUCAUGCCGGGCUGGUAGAUGAAGGUUGGAGAUAUUUUAACACUAUGGAGAGGGAAUUUGGAAUUGCUCCUGGUUUGGAGCACUAUGCUGCUGUUGCUGACCUGCUUGGUAGAGCUGGAAGAUUGGAGGAAGCUUAUGAUUUCAUUUCUAACAUGGGAGUACAAGCCACCGGGAGUGUGUGGUCAACACUGUUGGCUGCUUGCAGAGCUCAUAAGAGUGUUGAAUUAGCUGAAAAGGUUGUUGACAAGUUACUUUUGAUUGACCCCGAAAACAUGGGGGCUUAUGUUUUAAUGUCAAACAUCUAUUCAGCUGCACGAAGAUGGAAAGAUGCUGCAAGAUUGAGAAUACACAUGAGGAAAAAAGGUUUGAAGAAGAUCCCUGCAUGCAGCUGGAUUGAGGUUGGAAAAGAAGUGCAUACUUUUAUGGCAGGAGAUAAAUCACAUCCUUAUUAUGACAAAAUAAACGAGGCAUUGAAUGUUUUGUUGGAACAGAUGGAGAAAGAAGGUUAUGUCCUUGACACAAAUGAGGUGCUCCAUGAUGUUGAUGAGGAUCAUAAACGCGACAUGUUACACAACCACAGUGAGAGACUUGCCAUAGCAUUUGGCAUCAUUAGCACUACAGCUGGUACAACCAUCCGCAUAAUAAAGAAUAUUCGGGUGUGUGCUGACUGCCACACUGCAAUUAAAUUUAUUUCGAAGAUUGUUGGAAGGGAAAUCGUUGUGAGGGAUAAUAGUCGAUUUCACCAUUUCAAGAACGGGUCUUGUUCAUGUGGUGAUUAUUGGUGAAGUAAUAGUUAUCAUUAGAAAUCCUGUGUUUUUAGCCCAUGUUUGCUUUUGCGGUCAUGCAACGCCACCGUGUGUUGAAUUGAAAGCUUCUCUCUCGUCGUUCCUUGGGACCUGAAAAAAGGGUAAACUGCCGCGAAACCAAACAUCUCCUUAGACCUAGCCACUGGGUUGUCAGUGAUAAUGGAGCAUGUCAAUACUAACUGAGAGGUGGGUUAAGAAAGCAAAGAAUCUGAAGCCAUGACUAAAUAAGGGUUAGGAUCCUGGUUACACUUGGUGGAUCAGCAAUCACACAUUUCUCUGGGCGGAUGCAGGUUUAAGGGUCAUUGUUGUGACAGAAGGAAACUUGAAAUACCUUCUCUCAUGGUUAUUUGGAUCUAUGAUCUUCCACAAGUUAUUCCCUGGUAGAUUUUUUUAGGACUAAAAACGGCACCCUAACAGUGGUUAAACUAUUUGAUGUCCUAUGAAGGAUAAGAUGUUUUGCAAGAUCAGCCUAGACUGGUUAUAAUGGAUUUAUACAGAAUCACAUAUUUUGAAUC